CUUGAACCAUAUAGGCGCCAGUGUAAAAGAAUUAAAUUAGAUUGCAUUUUCUCUGUUUCAUGAUAUAAUCUUAUAUAAAACGACAUGAAUGAAAAAAUUAAAACAUAAACUAUAGAAAAGGCAAGCAAACAGGCCCAAUCCAACAAUGUCUGUGAACGAAUUGGAAGGGGAGUGUCUUUAAAACGCGACGAUUCAAAUAACCCUCAAAACAAGACUCUUUAGUUUAAAACUCCAUUGUAUCUAUUCUCAAUGGUUUACUGAUUCUAACUCUUCUAGUUUCGUAAGAAAAUUCGAGUUUUUCGUUGUGGAAUUCAUCCUUCAUUUGUUGCAGCGAAAUCUCAUGUUAGUUUCAUCAAUUAUUUAUUUGAUAUAGAUUGUUCUACUAAUCUACUCCGUCGUCUGCUUAAAUAAUCCUUCUUGAGAGGUACAAUGGAAAAUCGUGCAUGAAGACGGUAUAUGAUCAACUAGUUCUUGAUACUUCUCUUUUUGAAACAGCAAUCUAACCAACGUACGAAACAUUGAAAUGAUUGAAACUGCGUUCCUCGACGAAACAAUUCAAGAACAAAAGAUGGCUCCCUCUGCUAAGCCAUGAAAACAGUUUUUAACAAUUAUGAUUUUUUGCGAAUAUCCAUUUUAAUCCAUGGUUACUUAUUUAUUAUCUUCUUAUGUCUGUCUUGGGUUACUUGGGUUACCACAUCCUAAUGACAUAUUGUUGUGCGAUCUCGUUUAUCAAAUUUGCUUAACCCACGGUAGAGGCCAGGCUGUACAAAACAAAAUGAGUGUUUACGUGCAUCGUAGAUAAAUGAGACCCCCUGAAUUAUGCUUCGAUUUUUAACGGAUUUUCUUUUCUUGGGUACUGAGCAUACACUUUUUUUUGCUAUAUAAAGUACAGUGGAAUUUAUCCGUUCAGCAUCUUUGUCUACUUCCUCUGUUCACUUCACUAUGUUGUAAAGUGAUUAUCAAAAACGAGAUCCAUCGGUUCCUUUGCCACUACGAAAGCUCAGAAAUUCGCAAUCUUCAUCUUUUAAAUUCUGCUUUUGCCUAAUUUUUCUAUUAAAAGAGACAUUAUCCUAAGUAAAAGCCACUCAUAAAUCUGAAAAGACAUCUAAGGCCUCCUAUUUGUCUGCCUAUUUUUGUAAUCUAUAAAGUUAAUUGGCUUGCCCCUUUUGCAAUAAAUCGUUUGCAUUUUCGCUAAACUAUUCGCUAAGAGUUAAAUUUGUAGACCAUCUUUUCUUGCUGCCACUUUUGGUUUCGUUGGUCACGCACACACUGAAAGUCUUGAAUUAAUGACAAUCAGUAUGGAUUUCAAUUCUAAAUACUCUCUCGAGACCGAGCUGCUUCGCGUCGAAGGCAACCAAGAUCAGUUCAAUGCUUCCUCGGUCCCUAUUUACCAAUCUGCUACUUUUAAGCAGCAUAGUUUGGACGAGAUGGGAAAGUUCGAUUAUACUCGUUCCGGUAAUCCCACCCGUACCGCCCUUCAAGUUCACUUGGCCAAGCUUAUGAAGGCUAAGCACUGCUUUGUCACCAGCAACGGCAUGUCCGCCUUGGACAUGAUCCUUAAAACAUGCAAGACCGGAUCUCACAUUGUCGCUGGUGACGAUCUGUACGGUGGUUCCGAUCGAUUGCUCAACCUCAACAUUGCUAAUUAUGGAUUCCAAGUUUCUAAUGUAGAUACUAGGGAUCUCACGGCUUUUGAAGCUGCUUUGAGACCCGACACUGCCCUCGUUUUAGUCGAAAGUCCAACAAAUCCUCUUAUUAAAAUCUGCGAUGUUCAUGCCAUCGUUAGAAUAACUCGUGAAAAGGCCAAGAAUGCCGUGUUGGUUAUGGAUAAUACUAUGCUUUCUCCCAUCCUUUGCAACCCUUUAGAUUUUGGUUAUGAUAUUGUUUAUGAGUCUGCUACAAAGUUCCUUUCCGGUCAUCACGAUAUUAUGGGAGGUGCUAUUGCAACUAGAAGUGAUGAAUUGGCUAAAUCUGUUUUUUUCAACAUCAAUGCUUGUGGUGCAGGCUUGGCUCCAUUUGAAAGCUUUCUUUUACUCCGUGGUAUUAAAACUAUGGGUAUCAGAGUCGAACGCGCUCAGCAAAAUGCUAUUGAACUUGCUAAAUUUUUGAAAUCCAAGGGUUUGUUCGUCAACUUCCCUGGUUUAGACCCCGACUGUAAAUCUACAGCUGUUUUUAAUUCUUUUUCUCGUGGCCCAGGUGCUGUUAUGUCUAUUGUUACCGGCAACGUUGAGUUUUCCAAGAUUAUUGUAGAAAGCACCAAGCUGUUUCAUAUUUCUGUUUCAUUCGGUUGCGUUGAAUCUUUAAUUAGCAUGCCCGCGUAUAUGAGUCACGCUUCCAUUAAGAAGGAUGUUCGUGAUCAGCGCGGUUUGCCUGAAGACUUAAUCCGUAUCAGCGUUGGUAUUGAAAAUGUUGAGGAUUUGAAAAGUGAUCUUGAGAAUGCUAUCAACAUAGCCAAGCUUCAGAAACUCUAGAUAUAUCAUUUUAGAUUAUAUUUGUUGUUAACGGGUCUUGACUCCUUGUUUGUUUAACUUUUUUAUACAUUAUGACUACUGUUUGCAAGCUGUAUAUGGUCAAUCGUUGACUUAUACCAUUAUUCCUUUUCUCAAUUUAGUUUAUUAGAUCAUUAUUUUAAACGCUCGCCAAUGUGUAAGUUGGAAGUCCUAUUGCAUGGAGCUUUCAUAAAAAUUAGAUAAACAUGUGAUGCUUCCGCGAAUGCUGCUUCAUCAUUUCUUCUUUGAAAAUAUUUGCAAACAAAAUGGAAGCAUCAGAAUUAAUAAAAAGAGGCUAGCGGAAAACAUAUCUGAAUAUGAAUAAUUAUGUAAACGUAAAGGGAUGCUUCUUCCUCGGUUUUUCCCAUCGACUAGUUUUGUU